AUGAGCUCCACUUAUGUCGCUCUACAGAUCCCCAUUCCGUCUCGGCAAAGGGGAUAUAUUCCAACCAAGUGGCCACCCCAUCCGCUGCCCGCUUCCACCCCGCCUGGUACUCAGGCCCACCCCCUUGAUGACACCUGCGAAAUGAUGGUCGAUAAUCCCAUUCAAGAGUGGUUGGCACGAGGGGAACGCUGGCUCAGAGAAGUGCGCACGUCCAUAAAAUCAAAUCGCAAGGGUCCCGUUGGGGUUCAGCAAUGA